UUUAACACUGCUGCUUACGCAGUUAUAAGCGUUAUUACGCUAUUUUCAGGUCUUGUUACACUUGAUGGCGAGUAUUCGUAAAAAGCUAGUGGUGGUUGGGGACGGAGCAUGUGGGAAGACUUGUCUGUUAAUCGUAUUCAGCAAAGAUGAAUUUCCAGAGGUUUACGUGCCCACCGUUUUUGAAAACUACGUCGCAGACAUUGAAGUGGACUCCAAACGAGUUCAGCUGGCUUUAUGGGACACGGCGGGGCAGGAGGACUACGACCGACUGAGACCUCUGUCCUAUCCAGACACCGAUGUCAUCCUCAUGUGCUUCUCCGUGGACAGCCCGGACUCUCUGGAAAACAUUCCAGAAAAAUGGGUGCCGGAAGUGAAACAUUUCUGCCCUAAUGUGCCUAUUAUUUUGGUGGCGAAUAAGAAGGACUUGCGGAGCGAUGACAAUGUGAGAAGUGAGUUGUCGAGAAUGAAACAGGAGCCCGUGAGAACGGAGGACGGACGUGCCAUGGCUGUUCGCAUUGGAGCGCACGAUUACAUGGAGUGCUCUGCCAAAACCAAAGAGGGGGUUCAGCAAGUGUUUGAAAUCGCCACUCGAGUAUCCUUACAAAAGAGACCAAGACCAUCCACUGGCUGUUUGAACUGUUGCCGACUAAUGUGAGGGUUCAUGGGACACCCUCCUCAAGAAGAUGGCUAUUUAGCAGAAUUUACUUUUGACUCAUAGAACGCGUGAGUGCAUGUAUUGUGAGGUCAAUAUUUAAAAGUUAAAGUCAUAUGGCCCACUCUACAAGACAUCCAGGCCUGCCACUGGAUGGACAUUUGCUAAAUUAUUUAAAUGACUUAAUGACUGGCACAGUGGUCAUAGUUCAUGGACUGCCCACUGAGAAGUUCAAAUAUACCAACAGGCUUCAAACCUUAAGUUUGUAGGCUUAGCAGUGGCUUGUUUUUGUGAGCAUGCUUGCAAAAAACUUUACUUUUUUUUUUUUUUUUUUUUUUAGAAUAUGCCCCAAUACCUUAAAAUGUUCAGUAUUUAUGUUACCCUGUCAAAGCUAAAGGAUUUAUAAAGACACUUCUAUCAUAAUGUAGACAAUUAUAAAUUAUAUAAAUUAUAUUUAAUUUAAUUUAAUUAAUUAAGGACUAAUUUAUAUUUUAAUUCUUAUUUAAUUAUUUUAGGACAUGGACCACAUUAUGCUACUUGUAAUGUGCUGUCUGUUAAUUGAUUCAAAUACACUGGCAGUUACUUUCUCAAAACAGUAGUUCACAUGUGCUCUGUAUGACAAUAACUGAUGUAUUUUAGAGGUAUAAAAGUUGCUGACGGAGAUCUGAGAUUGACACUCUGUGACUACUGUAUGGUUCUCAGCUGGUCUUACUUCAGUGUGGCACAAAUGCUAACCCAAUUUAAUACCUGAAAGUGGUGACCUAGAAAAAAAUUGAAAGACAAUUUUGUUUGAAUAGUAUUUGUUCUUGACACUUGAGUGUUGAUGUGCAUACAAACUGGCUUAGAUUCAGUGUCUGCAGAAAUUAUAGUGGCAUUUAUUUAUUUAUAGCUAGUAAACUAAAAUAACAUUGACUAACAAAAUGUUUUAGUUCUAUCUUAUUUGAAAAUUCUGCUUUUACAUUAUAUCUAACCUUUAUUUUUAACAUUUAUUUAUGGUAAAAAAAAAAAAAAAAAAAAAAAAAGUUGAAGUUAAGUUUAAGCCAUAAAAAAAUCAUAUAGUUCAGUAAGUAACAUUUAGCCUUGUCUCAAAUGAGAACUCCUUCAUCAUGAAAGAUAGUAAACUCUUUGACAUUCACUCUCACAAAUGUAAACAAAUAUAAUAUGACAGUACUUGUAUUAUUUGUUAAUGCAGUUAACAUUAAAAUGCAAAUAAUACAUUUUACAAAAGUUUUUGUUGUAAUGUGGUUGAAAAUUGCUGGCCCACUUUGGCUGAAUGUGCUAUAUAAAUUCCAUGUAGAGUGAAAAAGCUGUAAAAUAUGAUCACACUUAAAGUUAAAGGGUUUAUAGAAAACAGACAGAAAAUGUGUUCUACACGAUUAAAUUUAAAUGAUUUCUUGUUUAGCUUUUUGUUAACCUAUUUGUUUUUGCAUGUGUCACAUUUUUUAAAUAUGUUGUAGAGUUCAUUUUAAUCAAUACUCUUAGAUUUUACAUUCUUUUGUUUUUACAGAUUUUUUUUCUUUAGGUGAAAGCUAUAUAGUUUUUAUUGUUAAAUAUGCUGCUGAAUAUGGUUGUUUGAUCAUAUCUGUUAAUAAACAUUAAAAUGAGUAACUGUGUUUUUAUAAUUUUUAAUUUAGAUAGUCUAUUUUUUUUAUUAAUCAGAGAUGACCCACCUAU